GAGAUUACGGGGGGAGGGAGACGGAGGAAAAUUUCUGGCUGCGCGGCCUCCAAACCACCGUCCUACGUGGCGCAACGCACCACCAUCCGAUUCGCCCGCACAUUCCCACCCCAGCCCAUCGCCACCAACCAAGCACAAGCUCGCCCUCGCUCUCCCUCUCCCUCUCUCUCUCUCUCUCUCUCUCUCUCUCUAGAAUUCGCAGGUGAUCCGCUGAACCACCACCACCACCACCACCAAUGGCGGUCGCUGCUCCGUCGCCGGCCGCUUACCUCUCCGGCCUCAGCCGCCGCGGCUCCCUCUCCCCGUCCCCCGCCAGGAAGGCCCUGACCGUCGUCGCCAUGGCUCCGAAGAAGGUGAACAAGUACGACGAGAGCUGGAAGAAGGAGUGGUACGGGGCGGGGAUCUUCUUCGAAGGGAGCGAGGAGGUGGAGGUGGACGUGUUCAAGAAGCUGGAGAAGCGCAAGGUCCUGAGCAACGUGGAGAAGGCGGGCCUGCUCUCCAAGGCGGAGGGGCUGGGGCUCACCCUCUCCUCCAUCGAGAGGCUCGGGGUGUUCUCCAAGGCGGAGGAGCUGGGGCUGCUCAGCCUGUUCGAGCGGGCCGCCGCGGUGUCCCCCUCGGCGCUGGCCUCCGCCGCGCUGCCCAUCCUGGUGGCGGCCCUCGCCGCGGUGGUGCUGAUCCCGGACGACUCGGCGGGGCUCGUGGCGGUGCAGGCGGUGGUCGCGGGGGGGCUCGUGGUGGGGGCGGCGGGGCUGAUCGUGGGGUCCGUCGUGAUCGGCGGAUUGCAAGAAGCCGAUUGAAAUUCAUUCCCUUAGCGUUAGCCAGCGUUGUAGAAUGAUGAUAAAUCUAAAAGCCUUUUCCCCUCUCUCUCGAUCAUUGCAUUGCAUGCCCAGAACUAGUAAGUAAGUUGCUUGAGCAAGAAAGCUCGAAUCAAACCGCGCUCGAGCUUACGCCAUUGAACAA